UAGUGUAUAUAUACAAAAACUAAAAGUAACAAGAAUACUUGUGGCAUGAGAUUGCACAAGAUGAUUGAACAUUGUUUUUACUAAAAAGUAAAUUUUUAUUUUAUUUAAUGUAGUGAUAAUUUUCUUGUUAUUUCCUAGGCUAUAAAAAAAUGAUUGUGUAUUAACAAAAUUUAGUGACUAGUUAAUAAUUUUACAUAUAUAUAUAUAUACAUCAUACGUACAAAAAUUUGACCUAUAUUUUUCAUAAUAUAAAAAUUAAUUUUUAUCCUCUCUUUCUCACUCUCUCUCGCUUUGUUAAUUCUUUUUUUUCGGUAUAAAUAUAUAAAUAUAAUGACUGUGAUAAGAAGCCUAUAUUGGAAUUUAAUAGUUUCGGCGAUAAUUGUAAGCAGUAUACGAAAGGAACAAAGAACAACGUAAAAAAGAAUGAUGAAAACUUGACCUACAAUUUCGCAAUUAAAACAAAAUUCCCCAUUUUUAAUUUGAUAAUUAUUGUUAAACAAAAAAAAAACGCACAAAAAUGCCUCAUGUUACUAGAAAAUGGGAAUUAUUUCCUGGAAAAAAUAGAUUUUGCUGUGAUGGAAGAUUAAUGAUGGCACCACAAACUGGAGUAUUUUAUGUAACUGUUUGUUUAAUCGCCGGAACAAGUGGAUUAUUUUUUGCUUUUGAUUGUCCUUAUCUUGCGUCUAAUAUAACGCCUGCAAUUCCAGUAAUUGGUGGUUUUCUUUUUAUUUUCGUUAUGUCCGCAUUAUUUCGUACAAGUUUCAGUGAUCCUGGCGUUAUACCACGUGCAACGUCUGAUGAAGCUGCCUAUAUAGAGCAACAAAUUGAAGUGCCAAAUAAUGGUAAUUCACCAACCUACAGGCCUCCACCUCGAACAAAAGAGAUUAUGGUUCGAGGACAUCCUGUUAAAUUAAAAUAUUGUUUCACAUGUAAAAUAUUUCGUCCGCCUAGAGCGUCACAUUGUAGUUUAUGUGACAAUUGUGUAGAACGCUUCGAUCAUCAUUGUCCCUGGGUAGGAAAUUGUGUGGGAAAAAGAAACUAUAGAUAUUUUUAUGCCUUUAUAGUGUCUUUAGCAUUUUUAUGUGUUUUCAUUUUUGCCUGUGCAAUAACACAUCUUAUAAUGUUAACGAGGGAAGGACUACAAUUCCUAGAUGCUGUGAAAUCAUCACCAGGUAGUGUUGUCGUUGGUGUUGUUUGCUUUUUCUCCGUUUGGAGUAUUCUUGGAUUAGCUGGAUUUCAUACUUACCUCACAACAAGCAAUCAAACAACUAAUGAAGAUAUAAAAGGAUCUUUCACUAGUAAACGGGGACAAGAAAGUUUUAAUCCCUACAGUCAAGGGAAUAUUUGUGGAAAUUGUUUUUAUAUAUUAUGUGGACCUGCUCCGCCAAGUCUCAUUGAUCGUAGAGGUAUUGUUACAUCAGAAUAUCGAACACAACGUGAAUGGAUCGAUGGAGAAAAUAUCAAUCCAGGAAAAACGUAUGGUUCAGUAAAAGUUCAGCCACAGCAACAACAGAAAAUUAAUGGCAUCGGUAAUAUAUCAAUAAACAACGAUGUUGGAGAAUUUACCGGUUCAAUGAACAAUCUCUAUCCUGGACAACAUUCACCACAACGAAUUGAAUCAAUAAACGGUAGCACAACAAAUAGUGUGAGUCAUCUUGUGAGCCAUGAGGCUCCAUUGGCCUCACUUAAUAUUGCGCCAAUAGAUAUUGAUGAAAUUGCGCCACUACCACAUUCUCGGCCAACUGUAUUUUCAUCAAUAAAUGUUACCUCAUCCUCAAUUGGAUUAGACGAUGUAACAAGUAUUCCUCAUGUAACUACAAAUAAUACAACUGCCACAACGCCAUUGUCAGCUUCAAAGCUCAGAUUAUUACAAGACACAACAAUGAUUGAAUCGGCAUUAGAUUUAGAUUCAUUAGAAGAUGUGGCCAGUCAGGCGGGUUUGAUCAAAUUAAGUGGAACUGUAUAAAUUAUUAUUAUUAUUUCCCAUUUUUGCUUUUUAGUGCUCAAUUUGCAAAUUACGCUCUUAAAGAAGGGGGUCAAAGAAAAAUUUGAAGGUUAUGUUUAUGAUCGUUUUUACAAGUAAAAUAAUAAUUUUUAUUUUCUACAUAAUAAAAACAAAUCUUCCCAUUUUUUAUAUUUUUACUCAAAAUUAUCAUGAACAUAACCUAUAAAUUGUAAAUCGAAACUAUCAUGAAAAUAACCUAUAAAUUGUAAAUCGAAACUAUCAUGAACAUAAUCUACAAUUUCUAAAUCAAAAACAAUCACAAACAUAACCUAUAAUUUUUUCCUUUCUUUAGAGAGGUUCUUUAGGUUUUAAUUCUCUUAUUAUUUCCGUUAACAGUAGGUGAUAAAAGUAACUAAAAGAGUCAAAAAAUUAUAGAUUAUGUUUAUGAUCGUUUUAAAAAAAAAUUUGUAGGUUAUGUUUAUGAUAGUUUGGAGGGGAAAAAUACACAAAUAGAAUCAAGUGUCUUCAUUGCAUAGAAAAUAAAAAAUUAAUUUUGAUUUUACUUACAACAGGAACUUUCAAUCAAUAGUUAAAAACGAUCAUAAACAUAACCUGUAAAUUUUUGCGUCUUAUGUAUCUUUCUUCGUAGUAUGAACAGUUCUACCGAUUUUCACCCUUACGGCAAAUACGACUUACUAGGUUUUUACUUUGGGCAGCAGAAAUAGACAAUGCGCUCCGAAGAAAGAUAUAUAAGACGCAAAAAUUUACAGGUUAUGUUUAUGAUAGUUUUUACCUAUUGAUUGAAAAUUCCUGUUUAGUUAUAAGUAAAAUCAAAAUUAGUUUUUAUUUUCUAUGCAAUGAAGACACUUGAUUCUAUUUGUGUAUUUUUCCCCUCCAAACUAUCAUAAACAUAACCUACAAAUUUUUUUUUAAAACUAUCAUAAACAUAACCUAUAAUUUUUUGACUCUUUUAGUUAAUUUUAUAACCUACUAUUAAUGGAAAAAUAAGAGAAUUAUAACCUAAGAUUCAAUAAAUUUGGAAUUUUUUAAAACGAUCAUAAACAUAACCUGCAAUUUAUUAAUAAAUUUUAAUUUUCCGUUAAUGUUAAGUUUAAAAAAAAAAUGAUUGGCUCUGAAGAAAGGAACAUUAGAAGCAAACAAAAAUUAUAGGUUAUGUUUAUGAUAGUUUAGAGAUUAUAAAACUAUAACAAACAUAACCUAUAAUUUUUCCACCACAUAAUUCAAGGUUAUGUUUAUGAUAAUUAAGUAUAAAACUAUUAUAAAUAUAACCUAUAAUUUUUCGGAAGAUAGGUUAUGUUUAUGAUUGUUUAGAGAGUAUAAAACUAUCAUAAACAUAACCUUGAAUUUUUCCAACCACUUUUUUUAAGAGCGCGUCGUUUUAAUUUAAAUGCUGCUAUGUUUGCAUAUUAAUGCAAUCUUUUUUUUCUCUUUUUUUCUAUAUCAAAAAAUAAAUCGUUUGGGUUGUACAUUUAAAUUAAAUGUAAACAGUAUUAGCGCAACUCGACAUCUUGCAAUUUAUCUUCUAUUAUUAAAAAAAAAAAAAAUAAAUAAGUUAAGUAUUAUCAAUGUUAACAAUAGCAGCAGCAAUUGUACAUUAGUUUAAUUAUAAAAAAAAAGAAAGAAAGAAAAUUAGUAUAAUGGUAGAAUUAACAGUGAUACUAAACUCUGCUCUAAUACUUAUAAUCAGUAAAGAAAAAAAAAUACCAAGAGAAUUGUAUCCCUAUAUAUGUAUAUAAAACUUUUUGAAAUAUGCAUUUUUUUCUAGAAAGGAAAAUAAAAUUUUUGUAUAAAAAAAAAAAAAAAAAAA